AUGGCAGUAGCAGUGACUGGAUUGCCCUUUGUGGCCGGCUAUUCCUCACUCGCCUGGGUUGUCCCAGCCAUUUUUUUGGUUUACAAAGUCCUUACUUUCGGCCGAAGAGAGAAGCAUCUCCCGCCAGGCCCUCCCACGGUCCCCGUGCUCGGGAACGCUCACCUCAUCCCUUCCGAAGGCUUCUUUGCCAAAGUCAAAGAAUGGAGCGAGCAAUACGGUUCGGUCUUCUCGCUCAAGAUCGGGCAGAGCACGAUGGUGGUCUUGAACGACAGAAAGGCCAUCUAUGAGCUCCUGGUGUCGAAAGGCGCCUAUUACAACGACAGACCGCCCGAUGAACAGUUUCAGCUCACAACGCAGAAUGAAAACAUAGCCGCGAUGCACGAAGGGCCCAAGUGGAAGGCGGAGCGGAAGAUUGUUGCACAGCACUUCUCGCCAAACAAUCUCGACACGACACUCAAGACUGUACAAGAAGCCGAAGUCGCCACACUGCUGCACGACCUUCUGGAACGGCCUGAGCAAUUCACGACGAGUGUGAAGCGGACAACUGCCUCGAUUGCUAGUAUCGCCCUAUUCGGCCACCGAGCGGUGGAUUGGGCAAGCUUCUGGGCAUAUGCUGUCUACAUCUCCGCGGACGCAGUAAGGACAAUCGAGAUCAUGAUAUCGAGAGCAGUUGCACCAGGGACCUACCUUCCGGUAGAGCAGUUCCCGAUACUGAAGCUCAUUCCAAACAGCUGGACAGAGUCCCGACGCCGAGGCAAGGAAUCCUACCAGACCAUCACGAAGGUCUGGAACGAGGCCCACGAGCGCGUCAGGAAGCGCCGCGACGGGGGCGACAAGCGGGUGUCGAUGCUUGACAGCAUGCUCGACGGGGACCUCGCGUGCGACGUGCCGCUGACGUAUACGGAGCUGAACAACUUCCUCGGGGCGGUCCACAUGGGCGCCUCGGACACGACGGCGAUGACGACGCUGACCAACAUCCUGUUCCUCGCCAAGAACCCGCAGUUCCAGGAGCGGGCGCGGGUCGAGCUCGACCGCGUGUGCGGAGCCGAGAGGGUGCCCAAGUGGUCCGACUUCAAGGACUUGCCGUUCAUCAACUGCAUCGUCAAGGAGGGGUUGAGGAUGAGGCCCGUUGUACCAACCGGAGUCCCCCACGCCGCCAAGACGGACCGGUGGUACGAAGGCAUGCUCAUCCCGGCCGGGAGCACCAUCCUUAUCCCGGCGUACGCCCUCAAUCACAACGCGGACUCGUCGCCGGACCCGUACACGUACAAUCCGGAGCGCUUCCUCCCCGUGGCCGAUAAGCUCGCGCCGGAGCUGGCGGCGUCGCCGCGGUACGACGAGCGCGACCACUACUCGUACGGCGCCGGGCGGCGUAUCUGCGUCGGGCUGCACCUGGCCGAGAGGUCGCUGUGGCGUAUGGUCGCGCAGAUCAUCUGGGCAUUCCGCAUCGAGCCGGCGGUCGGGCCGGAUGGGGCGCCGGUCAAAGUGAACACAGAGUACGACGCGUACGAGGAGGGGUUCCUGCAUGGGCCGAAGGAGUACGAGGUGCGGUUCGUGCCGCGGAGCGAGAGGCACGCUGAGAUUUUGAGGCGGGAGUUUCGUGAGAUUGAGGGGUUUCUGAAGCAGUGGGAGUAG